AUGGGUAGCACUGGAAGUGAUGUCUUCACUGAGAAAGGGUUUACAAAUUGGAAGAAAGGACCCCAAAAUCUUCGAGUCCAUGAGGGAGGUGUUGGAAGUCUUCAUAAUAAAGUUAUACAACAAGCUAGAGAUUUGAUGGCACAAAAACAACACAUUGAAACAUUUGUGAGUAAGCAAACCGAUGAAGCGCGCAUUAAUUAUCGUACUUUAUUGAAUGCCUCACUUAAGUGUACAAGAUGGUUAUUGGGACAAGGUUUGCCUUUUUGUGGCCACGAUGAAUCGUUCAAAUCAAGCAAUAGAGGUAAUUAUUUAGAGCUUAUGCAAUUUCUUUCCAAGCAUAAUGAGCAAGUUAGAAAAGUUGUGUUUGAGAAUGCUCCCAAGAAUCUUAAGUAUACUUCUUCCGAUAUUCAAAAAGAUCUUGUCCGUGCUUGUGCCAUUGAAACUAUAGAUGCAAUCACUAAAGAUAUGGAAGGUGCAUUUUUUUCUCUUUUGGUUGAUGGAUCACGUGAUUCUUCAACUAAAGAGCAAAUGACGGUGGUAUUGCGUUAUGUGAACAAAAAAGGAGAAGCAAUUGAAAAGUUUUUGGGUGUGCAACAUGUCACCUCUACAACUAGUAGCUCACUUGAAGAGGCUAUUGAGAGAUUCUUUGCUACAACAAAUUUGAGUAUGUCCAAGUUACGGGGACAAGGCUAUGAUGGAGCUAGUAAUAUGAAGGGUGAGCUAAAUGGCCUUAAAACAAAGAUUUUGAACAAGUAUCUUCAAGCAUUUUAUGUUCAUUGUUUUGCACACCAACUUCAAUUAGCUCUUGUAGCCGUUGCAAAGGGAAUUGAGGGUGUCGCCAUUUUCUUCAACAAUGCUAGUAUCUUGGUCAAUACUAUUGGAUCAUCGUGUAAGCGUCGUGAUGCAUUUAGAGAGAAACAACUAGAACAAAUUAAGAAAGCUCUUGAUGUUGGUGAUCUUGAAACGGGUAGAGGGUUAAAUCAAGAGAGUAGUCUCAUGCGUCCUUGUGAUACACAUUGGAACUCACAUUAUGGUACUAUAGUGAGUAUUAUUGUCAUGUUUGAAGCCGUGGUGGAGAUGCUUGAAUGGAUUAAAGAUGAUACCAACCAAGACAAUUUCGGAGAAGCAACAAAAAUUGUUCGUCUAGCUCAACUUUAUCCUCAAGAUUUUGAUCGUAUGGAUCUCAUAAAUCUUCCCAUUCAACUUGACAAUUACAUUUACGAUAUGAAGAUGCAUAGUGAGUUUUCAUCAUUAAGAGGAAUUGGUGAUCUUGCAAAGGAGUUGGUGAAGACCGGAAGAUCGCUGUCAAAAGUGGUUAAAGGUCGGGAGAGAGAUGGAAUCGGUGGAAUCUGGGAGAAAGACAUGUGGAUGGGUGAAUGGAUGAAAGGAUCUGAGAGGGAGAGGAGUGGAUCUGAGGGUAUGGAGAGAUAA